AUGCGUGAGUUUUUUGCAUACAGAAUACAAGACAGAGCUCUGGAGGCGGCAACAAUACUAUUAUCUCGGAGGUUGUUACAACAAUUCUUAGUAGAUGCUUACACAAUGAUUGAAGCUAAAAGGUUGUCUUUUCUUAGACACAACCAACAGAGCUUGAGAGUCGCGAAUGUCAAGAAUUUAAGAGGUGCUGUCGAAAGAGGUGAAACAGAGGGAUCUUCGACUGGAAGUCGUAUAGUGUUGCCAGCUUCCUUUACAGGAGGACAUAGUUAUAUGAGAGAAAACUAUCAAGAUGCGAUGGCUAUUUGCAGAUGGUAUGGUUAUCCAGAUUUAUUCAUAACAUUUACGUGUAAUCCUAAGUGGCCAGAGAUUACUAGAUUUGUAAAAAAAAGAAGAGGCUUAAGGCCAGAGGAUAGGCCAGACAUCAUAUGUCAAGUUUUUCAGAUGAAACUAGACCAGCGGGUGAAAGAUCGCAAAAUAUUUGCCAGGGUUAGGACUGUGGUUUAUACAGUUGAAUUCCAAAAGCGUGGUUUGACGCACGCUCAUAUUUUGUUGUUCAUGCAUCAGGAAGACAAAUACCCUAUUGCUUCAGAUAUUGAUAAGAUUAUUUGUGCCGAGUUGCCCGAUAAAUGUGAAGAUCAAGAACUAUAUCAAGCAGUAAGCGAGUACAUGAUGCACGGUCCAUGUGGGUCAGCAAAUACAAAUGCUCCGUGUAUGAUUGACAAGCAAUGCAGUAAGCAUUUUCCCAAGAGGUUCAAUGAUGCAACUAGAGUAGAUGAUGAAGGAUAUCCAGUGUACAGGCGAAGAGAUAAUGGAUCUAUAGUUGAGAAGAGUGGGGUUCACCUUGGUAAUCGGGUUACAGCUGCGGCUUAUCAAGAUAAACAGAAAGAAGGUGAAGUAAUUUGGAGGAUUUUUGGAUUCAGCAUACAUUAUCGAACCCCUGCUGUUGAAAGAUUAAGUUUUCAUCUACCAGGAGAACAAACCGUUUUGUUUGAGGACCAUGCUGAUGUGGAAUCUGCACAGAGAGAGUGGACACCAAUAGCUAAAGGUUUCACAAUUAGACGAAUCUACCACGUCUCACCAGGAUCUGGAGAGAAGUUCUAUCUUAGAACGUUAUUGAAUUUUGUAAAAGGCGCAAUAUUCUACGAAGACAUUAGAACGGUUGAUGGUUUAGUGUAUCCUACAUUCAAGGAAGCUUGCUACGCAAGGGGGUUACUUGAUGAUGACAAGGAAUAUGUCAAUGCAAUAACAGAAGCAAACCUCCAUUUAACUCACGAUCAAAUCGAAGCUUUUGCAUUGGCUGAGAUUGAAACCAUGAUCCAAAGUAAUGGUAGCAGCUUGCGUAGAUUCAGUGAAAUGCCUUUCAAAUGA